CUGUAGAUUGGUGGGAAAUGGAAUAAAGUGAAAAACAGUAAAAAUAAAAAAUAAAAAUAAUAAAGUAGUGUGCUUUUAUUAACUUACAUUAGAGUAAUUUUCAUUCUUGACCCUCAAAUCUUUUUCUUGUAAAAAUUGAUGAAAGUGAAAUGUCUUGUGUGCUUCAAAUUCAUCAUCUACUCUUACUAACCCUAAUCAAUCUACUCUUCUUCAAUGGAUAUUCAGUGGUAAUUUAUGAGGAAGGAUACACAGUAACAACAGUUUUUGAUGGCAAUAAACUCAAAAUCAAUCCUCGUUCGGUUUAUCCUCGUCCGAAAUCCCAUGAUCUUCUCCUUCUUGAUUCAACUAAAAGUGUUUUUUACACACUGUCUCUUCCACUUUCUCAAGAGAGUUUGGUGCAGAGGUUUUAUGGGAAUGAAAAUGGAAAGUCUGAAUACUCUGAUGGUGAUGCAAGUUUAGCAACAUUUAACAAACCCAGAAGCUUUACUGUGGAUAUGAAGGGGAAUGUAUAUGUUGCUGAUAGAUUUAAUCAUGCCAUUCGGAAGAUUGGUUCUUCAGGCGCCACAACGAUUGCUGGAGGUUUUUCAAAGUCACCUGGCCGUGAUGAUGGACCUGGAAGAAAUGCAACUUUUUCUGAUGAUUACGAGAUAACUUUUGUACCAGAUAUGUGUGCCCUGCUGGUCAUGGACCAUGGGAGUCAAUUGAUUCGUCAGAUUAAUCUGAAGCAAAACGAUUGUGUUUCUUCUCGUUCUGGAGGUGUGGGUUCAACCACAACAUGGGUCGCAGCGCUUGCAGUUGCAAGCUUGGUUGGAAUGCUAGUUGGAUUUAUAACCCAUCCUUAUAUUAUUCGAACGACAGGAAGAGUUGAAACUCCUCAGCCGCAGCAAGUCAUGGAAUUUUUACCUAAUGAUUCCGGGGAGACAAACAUGGAUGCGUUGCUUCGCCAACAAAAGCGUAGUUGCUAGCCCAACAAUCCGAUUUCUGAGGCAGCUUAUUAUGCCAUUUUUCCAUCACCUUUCGCUUAUUUUUCGUUUUUGUUUGAAGAAAGAUGAUUCUCGUUCUAGUGGUGUACGUAAGGAGUACGUUUCUCUUUUAGAUUCUGACGACACGAGUACUUCAGAGUAUUGUGCUAUAUCACAAAAAUAUGCUGAUCAAUUGAAGGAACUGAUGACUUCUAAUGGAGAUUUAGGAUCAUACAACAGGUUUAACGCCAUUUCGAAACAUGAAGAUGUAUUGGAGACGGAUGAACACAGUCGUGGGCAGAUUGAUACUCUGAUUCGUGGUAAUAUGCAAAAAUUUGUCGAGGAUGCUGGUAAAUCAACUGUACUUGAGGAAACCUUUGUUGGCGUCUCUACUGUGGUCAAGCGGAGAUGAAUGUCUAUAUAUUUUCUGUUCGUAAAUGCGUAAGUGACCGAAUAUCUAAUUUCGCUUGCUCGUUGAAAUAACUCGUAUUAUGCUGCUUAAUUUGAUUUUGCAACGUUUUCGUUUUUUUAAGAAUGUUCUACUCAUUGAAGCUACUAAGCUGAGAAAUUUGAUGAAUGUUAUACUUUUAUUUGGAA